UAAAUAAAGUGUUCUCCAACUUAGUUGGCAUUGCAGGAUGGGAAAUCUGAUGGUUCAUGUUUUUUUUAGGGAAUAGAUGGUUCGUGCUUCGAUACUUAAUAGAGGAAAAUAUUUGAUUCCUCAGUUGUUUUGGCCAUGCUAGUGCAUUUUCCAACCCUGUUCGAGUGUCUUCUAUGGUGAACCCCGCUCCUCAAAUUACGAAUUCCAAGUUGGCGCCCUCAGGGCCAUGGAUGCCGUGCCGCAUCAAAUUCUGUCCAAAAUUUCUGCGUAGCUCAGUGUUUGGACCAGUUUCCGUCAUAAUCUCGCAGAAAUCACAACCAAACACGAGUGAAACCAAACGAGUUCUCAUUUCCAGUCAUUAUGUGUUACACGAUAAGUUCGUGGAGCGGUCCACACUAGGGAUUACGGAACGGGAAAUCUGAUGCUCCACGCUUACAUGUUUCAUAUCUGUGUAGAAGAAAAUGUUCGAUCAUUCAGUCGUUUUGCCUUUCGGCCAUGCUAGUUGCGUUUCAACUCUGUUCGCAAUGCUCCCUAAUAAAAGUCAAUCAGUGUUCACUAAUAUAAAAACUGGCAUUGGGACGUGAAUUUUGGUGCACCGGCACUAAGUCACUAAUUAACUAGUUUAGAAGACCAGUUUAUGCAUAACCCAUAUAUCCCUGUGCUAAGCGUUUAUUUGGAUGCCUGCAUAUUUGGAGGCCUUUCAUUGUUUACCAAUAAUAAUAAGUUGGUCCUGAAAGGCCAUACUCAUCCAAAAUACUACUGCAGAAUGUUGAAGCCAUCAAAUGUCAUCAUCUAUCGCAUAGUUUUGAAGCCUCUUAGUUUCCGCAUAUUAUGGCACAAUCUUCUAGCAUUCUGACAGAAUUUAAAAAAUGUGAUUUAAAAGAGAAUUACCUAAAUGAGUUAGCAUUCAGAGUUUUUCUCCAUUAUUUUCUAUUUUCUGAAGAUACACCUUAUUUCCCCCCUUUGGUGCUCCCUCUGUAAAGAAAUAUAAGAGCGUUUAGAUCACUAAAGCUUAGUUGGCAUUAUAUUCAGCAACUCAUGUGAAUACAUUAUUUGAUGUGCCUACCUGGCGAUUUCUUGUAUUCCACAGAUUUUGAUGAUUCUGUGCGUGUCCCGUCGAAAAACAAUCAGUUAAACCAGAGUGAGGAGACUGACCUGAAAGACUAUACGCAGGGAUCCCUAGCAAUUGUCUCAGAAAUUGAGCCGAAAGAUGCCAUAAUGCAGUUGCUUAUGCAGGAAACCUACUCAAGGUCUGAGUGCAGUACACUAAUAAAGAUAAUUCAAGAGCGGGUUGUGGAUCCAGAUUCAGGUGGAAUUGCUGAUGGUGAGAUUGCUCUUCCGAUCAGUUGGAAGGCUGACAACCAACCAACCCUUGGAUAUUCUUCAUUUAGUCCAAAUGUGUCCUUGCCUUCAACAUCAAACUUUCGAAUCCAUGGCCAUGGUUUUGAUAAUAGUGCUGCUGCCGACACAGUUCCAAUAUUAACUCCUGCCAGUCGUAGCCUUUUCAACGAUAAAGCUGACAAUAUUCAGCCUGCUUUCAAACGAAGGUACUCUGUUGUGCGGGAUAUCCCCGAGGACCUUCGAAGAGUCAGGACAAAGGCUGAUGGAAAUCCGAUACACAUCACAAAAUUUAAGCAAGUUGAUGUUGUUAGAAAUCGUCCAGUUUUUUCAGAAGAAGGCAAUAAACUGUUAUCAGAUGUUCCCCUUCUUGGGGCAAACAACUUAGCACAUUCUAACAUUGUCUCGAAAGUUGAAAGAGCUAAUGAAAAAUUGGAUGUCCCUAGCAAACCUCCGGCAGUGCCAAAUAAGGAUCUGAAGAACGGGUUUCCUUUGAAGUUGGAGCCUUUAGAUGGUCUUAUUCCCUUUGAGCAGAAGAUGAUGGACUUGUCACACCAAAAGCAUAAGGAUGCUGCAUAUGAUGACUCGGGUUCUGUUUCAAAAUUAAUGUUCAUGGGGGAUAUUGAGGCCACACCUAGCUUGCAGCUACAAAACGGCUCCAAGAACCGCAGGAGAAAGCAAUCCAACUCUCCGAGGACAACCCCGAGGGCCACAGAUUCGCCCGCCAUGGGCACACGCCGCAGACUCGGCGACGCCACGGUCAAGGGAGAGAUCAAGCUAGAGCAAACGACGCCGAUAGCGAUGGACAAGCAAGAUCCAGACUAUGUCCCAGAGAGGAGGCCUGCCGGGAGGCCGAAGAAGGCCAAGUAACUUGUCCUGGAUCCUGUUCAUGGGCUCGUCGUCGCCUCUGAAGGUGGCAAGAAAUCUGCAGUAUUGGAGGAUGAUGAACUGACAGGGCGACAGGACUGCCAUGGAAUUUCAGCGAGGACUGAUCUGAAUCUCUCGUAGAGACGUAUGCCUGCUGGACGGGUUAUUUAGAUGUUUAGAGGGAGAAGGGAAAGGACAACAUGCCUGCCAUGUCACUAGUAGUAUAACCAAGUGGUUUAGUCGACUAAUGUGCUAGUACAUGCAUCAUGGCAUAGGGUGCACUGUAAAUCAUAGGAAUUCAGUUCCAUUUUAUUCAUCUUGCGUGACACUGCACUGGUUCGGCAUUGAACUUCUCUCAUGGUUGCAGCUGUUUUCUGACACGGUCUCA